UGCUGGAUCCAGGCCAAAGAAAACUCUACUGGGAAGUCAUGCAGGAAAACUACAAGACUGUGGCCUCUCUGGCUGCAGAUGUGUGGGAGAUGGCAAGUGAGAAGGAACCAGAAAGGGAGACUGUAGAAAAAGAUGAAAAUCUGGAGAUGGAAUCGGGGAAUCAAGUGGUACAAAAGAGACAGUGCAGAAGGAAAACAGAAGGACAACAGAAUCAGAGGAAGGAAUUUGUUGCCUAUCAGAGCAGGAAUAAGCUUGAGAUCCCAGCUCGAAGUGAAAUACAUAAGAAAAAGAGAAGGCAUAAGGAUCCCGUGAAUGACGUUAGGAUCAGCUGCAAAUUCAUUGUUAAAACUGAUCAGAAUGUUAAAACAGGAUGGAAACCAUAUGAAUGCUUAGAGUGUGGAAAGACUUUCUCUUGGAGUGAUGUCCUAACUAAACAUCAAAGGAUUCAUACAGGGGAGAAGCCUUAUCAAUGCCUGGAGUGUGGAAAGAGGUUCUCUUGGAUCAGCAACUUAAAUGUACAUCAAAGGACUCACACAGGGGAGAAGCCAUACAAAUGCCUGGAGUGUGGGAAAACCUUCUCUUGGAAAGGUAAUCUAACUGUACACCAGAAGAUUCACACUGGGGAAAAGCCAUAUAAAUGCUUGGAGUGUGGGAAAAGCUUCUCUCAGAAUGGUAAUCUAAAUACACAUCAGAAGAUUCACACUGGAGAGAAGCCAUAUAAAUGCUUGGAGUGUGGGAAGAUGUUCUCUUGGAAAGGUCCCCUAACUGUACAUCAAAGGAUUCACACAGGGGAGAAGCCAUAUAAAUGCUUGGAGUGUGGAAAGAGUUUUUCUGAGAAUGGCAAACUUAUUAUGCAUGAAAGGAUUCACACAGGAGAGAAGCCAUACAAAUGUUUGCAGUGCGGGAGGAGUUUCUCUCGGAAUGACAACCUAACUGCACAUCAAAAGGACCACAGAACGGAGAAACCAUAUAAAUGCUUGGAGUGUGGAAACAGCUUCUCUCGGAAUGACCGUCUAGCUAAACAUCAAAAGGUUCAUACAGGGGAGAAGCCAUAUAAAUGCUUGGAGUGUGGGAAGAGCUUCUCUAAGAAUGCAAAACUUGUCAUACAUCAAAGGAUUCACACAGGGGAGAAGCCAUACAAAUGCUUGGAGUGUGGAAAGAGCUAUUCUGAGAAUGGAAAACUUAUCAUACAUCAAAGGAUUCACACAGGGGAGAAGCCAUACAAAUGCUUGGAGUGUGGAAAGAGCUUCUUUCGGAAUGACUACCUAACUAAACAUCAAAAGGUUCAUACAGGGCAGAAGCCAUAUAAAUGCAUGGAGUGUGGGAAGAGCUUCUCUAAGAAUGGAAAACUUACUGUACAUCAAAGGAUUCACACAGGAGAGAAACCAUACAAAUGCUUGGAAUGUGGGAAAAGCUUCUCUAAGAAUGGAAAACUUAUCAUACAUCAAAGGAUGCACACAGGCGAGAAACCAUACAAAUGCUUGGAAUGUGGGAAGAGCUUCUCUGAGAAUGGAAAACUUAACAUACAUCAAAGGAUUCACACAGGAGAGAAGCCAUACAAAUGCUUGGAGUGUGGAAAGAGCUUCUCUGAGAAUGGAAAACUUAUCAUACAUCAAAGGAUUCACACAGGAGAGAAGCCAUACAAAUGCUUGGAAUGUGGGAAGAGCUUCUCUGAAAAUGCAAAACUUAUCAUACAUCAAAGGAGUCACACAGGGGAGAAGCCAUACAAAUGCCUGGAGUGUCAAAAGAGCUUCUCUGAGAAAGGAAAACUUAUCAUACAUCAAAGGAUUCACACAGGGGAGAAGCCAUACAAAUGCUUAGAGUGUGAAAAGAGCUUCUCUAGGAAUGACCGCCUAACUAAACAUAAAAAGGUUCACACAGGGGAGAAACCAUACAAAUGCUUAGAGUGUGGAAACAGCUUCUAUGAGAAUGGAAAACUUAUUAUACAUCAAAGGAUUCACACAGGGGAGAAGCCAUACAAAUGCUUGGAGUGUGGAAAGAGUUUCUCUCGGAACGACUGCCUAACUAAACAUCAAAAGGUUCACAAUGGGGAGAAGCCAUAUAAAAGCUUAGAUUGUGGGGAGAAAUUGUCUUGGAAUGGCGACCUAACUAUACAGCAGAAUGUACAGAGGGGAGAAGCUGCUGCCAACAACCUCCUGUGGGCCUGGCUGGGGUGGAGCUGCCUGGACUGCUGCAAGAGAAAGAGAUCCCCGGUGUCCUUUGAGGAGGUGGCGGUUUCCUUCACACAGGAGGAAUGGGCACUGCUGGAUCCAGGCCAGAGAAAACUCUACUGGGAAGUUAUGCAGGAAAACUACGAGACUGUGGCCUCUCUGGCUACAGAUAUGUGGGAGAUGGCAAGUGAGAAGGCACCAAAAAGAGUGAUUGUAGAAGAACCAGAGGUUGAUUCAGAAUCGAGGGAUCAAGUGGUAGAGAAGAGACAGUGCAGAAGGAAAAAAGGAGCAAAACAAAACCAGAGGAAGGAAUUGGUUGCCUAUCAGAGCAGGAAUAAGCUUGAGGUCUCAGCCCACAAUAAAAUAUGGAAGAGAAAGAGAAGGCAGAAAGGUCCUGUGAAUGAGAAUGGGUUUUACAGCAAAUUCCAUGUUGAAGCAUAUCUGAAUGUUACAACAAGCCAGAAAGCAUGUAAGUGCUUGGAAUGUGGAAAGACUUUCUCUAGGAAUGCUGUUCUAACUAAACACCAAAGGAUUCAUACAGGGGAGAAGCCUUAUAAAUGCCUAGAGUGUGGGAAGAGCUUCUCUUGGAAUGGUGACCUAACUGUUCAUCAAAGGAUUCACACAGGGGAGAAGCCAUAUGAAUGCCUGGACUGUGGGAAGAGCUUCUCUCAGAAUGGCACACUAACUAGGCAUAAAUAUGUUCACGCAGGGGGGAAGCCAUAUAAAUGCCUGGAAUGUGGAAAGAGCUUCUCUCAGAAAGACACUCUAACUAUACAUAAAAAGGUGCACAUAGAGGAGAAGACAUGUAAAUGCUUGGAGUGUGGAAAGAGCUUCUCUAGGAAAGAUAAUCUAAUUAUACAUCAAAGAAUUCAUACAGGGGAGAAGCCAUACAAAUGCUUGGAGUGUGGGAAGAGCUUCUCUGUGAACGGUAACCUAAGUAUACAUCAAAGAAUUCACACAGGAGAGAAGCCAUACAAAUGCUGGGAAUGUGGAAAGAGUUUCUCUCAGAAUAGUACCCUAAAUGUGCAUCAAAAGAUUCACACUGGGGAAAAGCCAUAUAAAUGCUUGGAGUGUGGAAAAAGCUUCUCUCAGAAUUACCACCUAAUUACACAUGAAAAGGUUCACAAAGGGGAGAAGCCAUACAAAUGCUUGGAGUGUGGAAAAAGCUUCUCUCAGAAUGGCAGCCUAAUUGUUCAUCAAAGGAUUCAUACAGGGGAGAAGCCAUACAAAUGCUUGGAGUGUGGGAAAAGCUUCUCACGAAAUGGCAGCCUAAAUGUUCAUCAAAGGAUUCACACAGGGGAGAAGCCAUAUGAAUGCCUGAAGUGUGGGAAGAGGUUCUCUCAGAAUGGCACACUAGCUCAGCAUAACAAUAGUCAUACAGGAGAGAAGCCAUAUAAAUGCUUUGAGUGUGGGAGGAGCUUCUCUCAAAAUAGCAACCUAACUGCACACCAAAAGGUUCACACAGGGGAGAAGCCGUAUAAAUGCUUUGAGUGUGGGAAGAGUUUCUCUCAAAAUAGCAACCUAACUACACAUCAAAAGGUUCACACAGAGAAGCCAUAUAAAUGCUCUGAGCGUGGAAACAGCUUCUCUCAGAAUUACAACCUAACAAAAUACCAAUCAAUCAAUCAAUAGUUUAUUGUUAUGAUCCGAGAUCAGAAGUCAAAAUCAAAGUCAUCGAGACAUAUAUGUUAACUUCAGGUCAUAGAUAUAAAAGUAUACUGUACAUAAAAUAUGAUUCUUCAUUAAAAUUGCUAGGAUAAAACCA